AUGGCACUUGCUGAGGAACUCUCUUCCUUGAAGAUGAAAGAAGGGGAGGGAGUGGCUGCAUACUGGGCGCGUGCCGAGGACUUGAGGUCCAAGUACUUGGCUGCAGGAAGGAAGGAGGAGGUUGAGGAGUGGAUGAUGAGGGUACUCAAAGGACUACCUCCUCACUUUGAGAUGCUGAAGGUAGUGCUGAACAAUCAAUCACCAUCGCUUACUAAGGAUCAGCUGCUUACCUCCUUGAGGAGCGAGGAGAUGCGGAUUGGUGUCGCACCAAGAUCGGAUGGUGUAGCCACUUUUGGAGCGGGUACGAAAGUGGGCAGCAGCGGCAGGGGAAAUUGGGACAAGGGAGGAAAGCAUGGAGGCAGCAGUAGCAGCAGUGACACCAACUCGGGCAGAUGGGGUCAAGGAAAAGGCAAAGCGGGGGUGCUUGAUUUCCCCUGGGGGUCCAAGGGCAUGGCUCAUCGGGGGUUGUGUCAUGGCUGUUGGGAUGAGGGACAUGCAUGGCAACGAUGUCCUCAUCGACCUAAGGGAGGCAUUCCGGCAUUCUUAAAGCGGGGGGGCCGUGGAUCCAACGGCAAGGCACAGGUGGCGGAUGAGGAGGAGCAUGAUGACAAGGCAGAGGCAGUGGUUGGAGAGGCAGUUGCAGCAGUGGGAGAGGAGCAGCCGCGAGAGGGGUGGUGGAUUGACAGUGGGGCCAGCCACAACUUUACUCCCUAUGCAUCGGACUUCAAAAGUAAGCUUCAGUCACCAGAGGUUCGGGGAGUUAGAUUGGGAGAUGGACGGGUGGUGAAAGCUGUUGGCAUGGGUGAGGUGCCAGUGGUUGGUGCUGGAGGUCAGCUGCUGAGGAUUCAAAAGGUCCACCUUGUGCCUGAGAUGCACACGCGUCUGCUGUCAGUCCCACACCUCACCUCUCGAGAUGUCAUUGUCACAUUCAAGGGCAAGAAAUGUGUUCUUAAACGGGGGGAGAGGGUGUUGGCGAUUGGAGAAAAGGAGGGGGGCAGGGACCAUGGAUUGGUGCGGAUGUCUCUUCCUAUUGCUCGUGGCACACAAGGCAGUGCUCUUGCAGCUGGACGAGUUUGGUCGUUCCCACUCCCCAACAAGGAAUCGGCCACAGUAGCGAAAGUCCUUCGCCAGUGGCAUAAGGACGUGGAGUUGGAGUGUGGGCGGAAGCUGAAGGCUGUUCGCUCUGACAGGGGUGGCGAGUUCUUGGGGGACGCUGUGAAAGCAUGGAAAGCAGAGUUUGGCAUCAAAACCCAAUUGAGUGUCGCAGAUACACCGCAGCAGAAUGGGGUCGUGGAGAGGUGGCACCGGACGAUGGCAGAGGGGAUUCGCACAUUGUUAGUCGACAGUGGUCUCCCUGCUCGCUUGUGGGGUGAAGCAUUGAUGUGGGUCGUGUGGGUUAAGAACAGGGUCACCCACAGUGCUUUGCCUGCCUCCAUCACACCAAUGGAGGCGUGGUCCGGCCAGAAGCCGCAUAUGGGCAUGGCUCGGAUUUGGGGUUGCAUGGGGAGUGUCAUGCUGCAUGGGCAUGAGAAGGGUGGCAAGCUUGAUGCACGAGCUGUUAUGUGUGUCUGUGUUGGGGUGGACAUGGAGAGCAAGGGUUGGCGCAUGCUGGACCCUUCUCUCAUGCGCAUUCGCAUUGCUCGGGAUGUUGAUUUUCUUGAGAAUGUGAUGUGGAAGGAUUGGGACAAGGCAAAGGGAUUUGGGGAGCUUCUGCAGGAUGCAGCUGCGAUUUCCCAACUCCUCCCUCUUCCACUCUCGCCACCCUCAGCAGCGGCUGACGAUGUUGAGAUGCCACCUUCAUCACUGCCACCGGCACCGCUGAGUGUGUCGGUGCAGCAGCAACCAACCCCUCUGCAGCAGCUCAGUGGCCCCUCGGUCAUUCAGCGGAGAUCCGCUACACAGGCUACUUCCUCUUCCUCCUCCUCUGGUCAGCGCUCUGUCCCUCUCUCUACGGGUGCCCCUCCGUCACCAGCGACUACCUCCCCACCACCGGUUACGGGUUUGCAGGUGCUUGGUAUCCAGUCUGGUUCAGGUGGUGAGGAGGUAGGGGGGGAUGCUGGUGUGGUUGAGGGCAUGCUGUGUUUGGCCAGGGAGGUGGAAGGUGUUGCACUGGCAGGUGUGAGCACCGGUGAUGUCCCACGCACACUCGCUGAGGCCCUGCGUGGCCCUGAGGGCCCUGCGUGGAAGGCAGGCGCUGAGAAGGAGGUAAAUGCAAUGCGCACUAUGGGUGUAUGGGAUCCAGAGCCGGUCGACUUACCUCCAGCUGAUCGGUCAGGUCAAGGAGGUGCUUGCUCAGAGGUACCAGAUGAAGGAUCUAGGAAUGGUACUUGGUCGACUGAAGAAGGUGUUGCAGCUGAUGUCAAGGUGUACCAGAGUCUCAUUGGCAGCUUGAUGUAUGCUGCUAUGACCACCCGUCCUGACAUGUCUUUCACUGUCAACACCCUUGCACAGUCCUGCGUGGCACCAAGACGCAUUCACAUGCGCGCUGCACUGAGAGCACUCAGCUGUAAUGCUUGCUGUGGUGGUGCCUCAUUCUUCCCUGCUGCUGCUGCUGCCACCAACUGA